AUGUCGCAGCUGGGCAGCGUUACAGUCUUAGCACUUCCUUCUUUUCUUAAGUUAGGGUCCAUCUGCGGUUCUCUUGCAGUGUAGCGCGCCCAGAUUGUAAUGCAUGGGUAGGAUAGCUUGUAACAGGACCUGGGAAGGAACCUGACGUCGUCUGUAGAAUUUUUCGUCAAAGUUCGCCGUCAUAAAAUUGCAAACCAAUCAUGAUACAUGGGCUCUCCAGCGGGCUGCCGAAGGCACGCGUUCUGUGGGGUCACUUUGGACAGCAGCGGGCGAGCAACGCCAUUGCUCGCUCAUAUGCAUCCUUACCUGAGGACUUGAGGUCUGCUUUCGGCUUCUGUGUGCAACAGGUCAGGCAGUAUGACUACCUGAACUACGUCUGGGUGGCGCAGAUGCCAAAGGAUCUGCGGCCUUCGCUGUUCGCGUUGCGCGCCUUCAACAUCGAGACGGCUCUGGUGGCGGACAGCGUCCGCAGCAAGGAGUCGGUGGUGGGCCAGAUCCGCUUCCAGUGGUGGCGAGACGCGGUCAAAGCCGCCUUCGAAAACCGGCCGCCGAACCAUCCGGUGGCGUUUGGAGGCGCUGCUGGAAACAGCCCGUCACGCUUCAGCCGUUACUGCUUUAAGCGCAUCAUUGACUGCCGUGAGGCGGAUUUCUUGGACCCACAGCCGCCGCUGGACCUUCAGGCGCUCGAGCAGUACGCGGAGGGAACGUCGUCUCAGCUCAUGUACUUGCAGCUGGCGGCUGCCGGUGUGAAGCACCAGGACGCGGAUCAUGCAGCAUCGCACCUAGGUCGCGCAGCGGGUAUCACCACGCUCUUGCGCGGCACAGCCGCCCACGCCGCGGCACGGCGCUGCUACCUGCCCGUUGACUUGUGCGCGGAGGCGCGCGUUUCGCAGGAGGAUGUGUACAGCGGCGUGGUUUCGGAGGGACUGCGUGAUGUCGUACACAAAGUCGCCAGCUUGGCCAAGGGGCAUCUGGACGAGGCGCGACGACUGGCGCCGCGGCUGCCGCCAGGCGCUGCUGGGGUGAUGCUGCCGGCGGUGGCAGUGGGGCGAUACUUGGAGGGGCUGGAGGCUGUGAACUUCAACCCAUAUGAGACGAAACUC